AUGAAGUUGAAUCGAUGUCUGGCUUUGACGAUCUCGAGUUUCAUGAUGAUUCUUUUGUGCCAGGCGGUUCGAUGGUUCAGGAGUCUUCACCUCAGGUGGCUGCUCAAUACGAGAUCUUUUCGGCCGAUGGAGAUGAGCCAGCACUUCAAGCUGAACAAGACUAUUUUGUUCAGGAAAUCAAAUCUGCCAGGAUCUUCGCUCAGGUCGGCUACUGGGCUUUGCUGCAGUGGAACUUCCCAGGCUCGGCGCAACGGAUCCUUGGUCCUGUAUACUCGUGAGCACAAGACAUCCGCUGUUGGGAUACGUCGUGAACAGUAUCUACCGCUCGUCAUCCCUUGGGAAGGUGUGGUCAGCGAGGAUUGGAUCGAGGUCUUGUUGAAGGUCUACGAGGAAGCUGGUUUAGAUAUGACCAAGGUUCCUCUCGGGCCCUUGCUCCCUGCUCCAAAAAUAGGAGGAGGCUUCUGCGCGAGGCCGUUGAGCACCCAAGAAGCAGCUCGGUGGUUGCGCCUUCUUCUUUCAGGGACGCCAGGUUCAGAGAAGAUUCGUUGCCAUUCGCUGAAAGCUACUCUCUUGAAUUGGUGUGCAGAGGCUGGCUUAGACAAAGAGGUUCGUGCAGUGCUUGGCCAUCAUAGCACUGCAUUGCAUGGUAGUGACAUUGUAUAUUCACGUGAGCUUCAAGUCAGGCCGCUCAGGAAGUUGCAGAUGUUGCUCAAAAGCAUUCGCAUUGGCUUGAACCUUGAGGACAGCGUCACAAGGAACUCUGUUGGCUGCAACCCCAGGUGCGACCACUCCGAGGCCUAA